AUGCAACAAGUUACUCCAAAAUACUCAGUUACAUCAUACUCAAAGCUUAUCUUUCCUACUCCACGGUCCUGUAAAUCUACCCAAACAAAAACAAGUAGUAAUAAUAUUCAUUCACAACAAACAUCCACUCCCCCAUCAUCACCUACAUCAUAUUCAUCCAAAUUAGAUCAAAAAACAUUAGAAUCAAUCCCAUUAACGCUAUUUACCAACAAAAUCGCAUCAUUCCUCUCAGAAACAGCAAAGAAAUACUCCACAACGAGAAUAAACAACGAUGUACAAUCAUUAAAAUCAUUCAUCAACGAAAUUACGAAAAGAUCGAAAAGUAAAAGAAACAUACUCCUCCUAGCAACGUAUUAUUUCCAAAAAUUAUACACAUCAUUAUCAACGUGUCCAGUCUCUACAAUCCCAGAAUUUGCAUUCUGCGCUAAAAGAUCAUUCCUAACAUGCAUAAUCAUAGCUCAUAAAUAUUUGAAUGAUUCUACAUUUUCAAUGGAAUCAUGGUCCCUCAUUAGUGGAUUGAAUAAGAAGGCACUUUCCACCAUUGAAAGAUGGUGUUUGGGCAAAUUGGAUUACAAUUUGUUCGUUGAUGAUUUGCAAUUCGGUAGUUGGCAAAGAAAAUGUCUCUUUCAGUUACCUCAAACCGCUAAUUUAUUGAAUAAGAAAAGAUCUGCUGAAGUAUGCGUCGCUGAUGACAUUGUUUCUAUGAAAAGAUUACACUGUUAA